AUGGCAGGACACGAAAUAAAAGAAUUGAUUGAUUUUCUCACAAAAACACUCUGCAGAGAGGAUCUGAAGCGCCUGAUAACUGAAGAUGAAGACUGGAAGGCUUUUGUGGAGGCAUCAGGGUUGUCAAGUGAGCAGGAAUAUGCACUGCAUGUUGCCCUGAAUAAGCAUUUAGCACAGAAGCCCACAGAUGAAGAUGAUAAAACUCAACGGGAGAUGCAGAAGAAGAGGUUUUUGGAAGAAUUUCCUGUGUUGAAAAGGAAGCUUGAAGGACACAUCAGGAGGCUCCGAGACCUGGCUGACCAUCUUGACAAGGUGCACAAGGACUGCACCAUCUCCAAUGUGGUGGCCGACUCCACGGGCACUGCCUCUGGAAUCCUGGGCAUCCUUGGUAUAGCUCUGGCACCCUUUACAGCGGGGGCCAGUCUGGCGCUCACAGCAACUUCACUGGGUCUGGGAGCAGCAGCAGCUGUGACUAGUGUCACCACCAGCAUUGUAGAAAAAUCAAACAGAGGGUCAGAUAAGGCUGAAGCCGAGAAGGUGGUUAAAGCCAGCAUGGACACACUACAUGAUAUUUUAAAGAUCAUUCCUUCAGUCAGUGUCAAACUUUCCACUAUUCGUAAGGAUGACAACAAUGUCAUGGUGUUUUAA